AUGAAUGCAAUCUUUUCGGCAUUUUCAACUGCUUAUAAAAAGAUCAAUCCAUCUACACUUAAUGGUGCUAUUGAUAUUAUUGUUGUUAAACAAGAAGAUGGAACACUUCGUUGCACACCGUUUCAUGUUCGUUUUGGGAAAUUAGGUGUUUUACAAAGUUUACAAAAUAAAGUAUAUAUUACAAUAAAUGAUAUUCCCAUUGAAGAUUUAUAUAUGCAACUGGGUGAAGCCGGUGAAGCUGUCUUUAUUGAAGAAAAUAUUAAUACACCUGUUAUUGGACCAAUACGUCAUUUGGAUCCAUCAGAUUCACAUACAUUUCUUGAUCCGGAUAAUUCUUUAUCAUUAUAUCCAGAUAUGAAUACUCAUAAACAUUUAACAAAUAUUGAUUGUUCACCACAAAUAAUUAAUAAACAACUUGAUGAACAAAAAGCUAUUGAAAAUCAUCAACCACGAGAAGAAUAUGCUUAUGAAAAAGAAAAACCAACGAUAAAUAUUGAUGUAAUACAUUCAAAUACAAUUAUAUCAUCACGACGUCGUCCAAAACGACGAUUAGUACAUCGUUUUGAUCAACUUCAUCGACAAGCAAGUGAAGAUGAUGAACCAGAUAGACCUUUUGCAUCAUUUAAACGUCGUUCACGAACACAUAAACGAGAUUCAACACCUGUAACAACAACUACUGAUACAAAUAAUAAAGUUCAUUCACCAAUUAAAUUUUUACGUAAACGUAGUGCAAGUGAAAAUGAUAUGUUUAUAUAUCAACAUGAUUCAGAAUUUAUGCCAUUUGCUGAUGCACGUAGCCGUUUUAAUAGUAUUGAUAGUCGACCAAAAACUCUCAAUUUAAAUGAUUUCGAUAAUAAUGAUGAAAAUCAUGGAAAUUUAACAAGAAAUUCAUCAAAUCCACUUGUUAUUGAACAAACAUAUGAAUCACCAAAACUUAAUGAACAAUUAGAUAUAUUAAAUAGUUCCAAUUUAUCUCAAUCAGCACCAUUAGGUGGAAUGAUAAAUCCAAAUACAACUCGUAUUAGUCAAUCAGAUGAUCAUACAAAUGACUUUUAUGCACAUGAACCUUAUUCACCAACAUCAUCAUAUGAAACUGCUAUAUCACCACGACCAACAAGUCCAAAAUCAGAUACUGAAUAUGAAUUAGAUAAACCUUCUCAACAACCACCAAGUGUUGGUUGGCAAUGGAAAUGGGGUGAAUUACCUGAACAACGACGUAGUGUUUUCAGAUAUUUUUGGCCAUCAUCGAAAAAAGCUUCACCAAAAGAAGGUAUAUAUCUAGAUGAUAUUACAAGCAAUCGAUGCGCCGAUCGAUCACGUUAUUUACCUCAAUUGGAUUAUCAUCAAAAUCACCAACGAACAACGAAUGAUGAUGAUCAAGAAUCUGGAACAGGAAAUUCAAUACCACAAUCACCAUUUCGAGAAAACGAAGCUUCUUGUCUACUUGGUGAUGCUCAAUUAUCACUCUGUGGUAAUAUCAAUAAACAAUCUUCAAUUACUGAUGAAAUAUUCAAUGCCCAUCUUGUUUCUUUCGAAUCAUUUGCUAGUAAUCCAGCUAUUAUUAAUGAUCCAAAUCUAGUUGUACGCAUUGGCGGAAAAUAUUAUAAUUGGAAUGUUGCUUCAGCACUUAUAACAUCAACAAGUAUAUUUCAUAAACCAUUACCCGUUGAAACAAUCGAACAAUUACAAGAUAAACAUAUGGCACAAACAAAACCACCUACAAAAGGAGGCGGUUGGUGGUUACCAUUUUAUGGUAAAAAAUCGGAUAUGAAAAAUGACACAUCGAAAGUAACAACACCAAUAACAACAACAGAUGUAAUUGCUGUAGCUGCAAAAUCUGAAAUAACACCUUCAAUUUUAAAUCAUACAAAUUUAAAUGAUAAUUCUAAAUCAGAGAAAACUUCUAAAACGGAUAAUGAUAGUGAACAAGAAGAUAGUGAAGUACGAAAAUUAACAGCUAAAAUUGAACAAGAAAAAGCUCAACAAAAACAACGAUCACCAUCAACACAUUCUUCUCAUCAAACAGUGUUGAAAAAGACUAUGAUACUUUCAUCUGAUCAAUUGAAACGUUUAAAUCUUAAAUUAGGUCAAAAUAAAGUUGAAUUUAGUGUUACAACAGCAUUACAAGGUACAACAACAGUUGAAUCAAAUAUAUUCUUCUUUGAUCAUAUGACAAAAUUUGUUAUUUCUGAUAUUGAUGGAACCGUAACUAAAUCCGAUGUUUUGGGUCAUAUUAUUCCAUUACUUGGUGGAGAUUGGUCACAUGAUGGUAUCGCAGAAUUUUUCAAUGCUAUUCAAGAAAAUGGUUAUCAAUUUAUAUAUUUAUCAGCACGUGCCAUUGGACAAAGUCAAAUAACAAGAAAUUAUUUAAAGAAAGUUAAACAGUCUAACAGAGAAUUACCUGUUGGACCGUUACUUAUUUCACCUGAUACAUUAAUGACUGCAUUCUAUCGAGAAGUUAUUUUAAAGAAACCUGAAGAUUUUAAAAUCGAAUGUUUAAAAAAUAUUGCUAGUCUUUUUCCUGGUACAAAUCCAUUCUAUGCUGGUUUUGGUAAUCGAAUUAAUGAUCAAUGGGCUUAUACUGCUGUUGGAAUACCGGUGACGCGUAUUUAUACAAUAAAUCCACGUGGUGAAGUUGUCCGACAAAAAAUAUCUCAAGUUUUAUCUUCAUAUAAAAAUUUACAUGAAAUAGUUGAUCUUUUAUUUCCACCAAUGGAUUCAUUUUCUGCAAGUGAAACCUAUUCAGUUUAUACAUAUUGGCGUGAAGAACAAACAAGUAACGCAUUCGAUGAUGAAAUGCGUGCAGAUUUAGAAGAAAUUGCAAACCGACAAAAGCCAGCUAAAUCAAAUGCUAAAAAUAAAGGAACAACGGGUUCAACAGUAUCAACACCAACAACUGGUAUUCCAUCUAAGACAACAACAACAGUUACCGUGUUAAAAUCUGGAGGUGAUAAAUUAUUAACAAUUGCUCAAGCAACUGAAAAUACAGUAAAACGAGCAUAA